UCGUUCUGCGCGCGAGUUAAUGCUGUCGCGAAUUACUCGCUGUACUGCAGCGGCUCCCGUGUCAAGAAUCAGAUGGCAGCUUUGUCAUGAUCCCCCCCGAGCACUGCUCACAGCCAGACAUUGUAGUUCAACUAAAGCUAUCCAUGAUGGACCAUCAAUACCUCCGACUCUGCAGGAGUUCAAGAAGACAUUGACUUUCCCCGCCGCAUCUUGCACCUUUGAGGCACUUGCUCACGAUAGCAAUGCCUUGGUCGAUGAACAAGUCGUCUUGCACGGAUACUUGGGCACUCGCAGAGAUGCAUCAAAAUCCUUGACCUUCGCCGAACUGCAUGAUAUGCACUUGAGAUCAACGGUGCAGCUUGUAUCAACACCCACCAAAGGCGAGGAAGGCAGUGAUCAUCCUCAUCAACUCCUACGCAGUCUCGAGAAUCAUACACCAGUCGCUGUAUCUGGAACAGUCAAGGCACGGAAAGCGCCCAAAUCAAGUGCCUCUAAAGAUGGAGCACGACUUCUGGUCACUGGAGCAGAGAUCAAGAUUGAAACAAUCACUCCCCUCAACGUCUUCCCGCAAGACAUCAUCAUGGCUGAUGACACGGUCUUUCCUCCAGAGCAACGUCAUUUGCACAUCCGAAACGACAGCAGCAUUCGCCACGCUUUGGCGUUCAGGAGCAAGGCUGCGCGUACCAUUCGCGACGAGCUUUGCGAGCACCACGACUUUGCGGACAUUGAGACACCUCUUUUGUUCAAGUCCACUCCAGAAGGAGCGAGAGAGUUCCUAGUGCCCACCCGAGCUCCAGGAAUGGCAUAUGCUUUACCACAGAGCCCGCAGCAGUACAAGCAGAUCUUGAUGUCAAGCGGCAUUCCGCGAUACAUGCAGGUGGCAAAAUGUUUCAGAGACGAGGAUUUGCGAGCAGAUAGGCAGCCUGAGUUUACCCAGGUUGAUCUUGAAAUGGCCUUUGCGACUGGCGAGGACGUGAUGAAAGUAAUCGAAGCAGUGAUGAAGCGGUUGUGGAACGACUUGGUCGAUAUUACUCUGCCGGAACGAUUCGAUCGCAUGACUUACGAGGAAGCCAUGUCCAGAUAUGGAUCCGACAAACCCGAUCUUCGUUACGGCUCAGAGAUCAGACGCAUCGAAUAUAUGCUGCCGGUGGACCUCAUCAAAAAGAUCGGACCUCUCGAUUUCCCAAUCGUAGAAGUCAUGAAGCUCCGAAUAUCAGACGACCCCAACAAGACAAGAAAAUACAUCAGCACCUUCAUGGAUUCACCCGAAGCACAGCCUUUCAUCCAAAACCCAGAAGGCCAACCAGGAAUCUUCAUUUUCGACUCUCGAAAACCACUCCAAGGUCUCCAACCGUUCGGCUUCGAAGCCGCUGAGCAACUAGAAGAAAUCCUCGAGCUCCAAGACGGAGACGUCGUCGUCCUUCAAGCCCGAAAAGAAGCACCCUUCUCCGGCGGCUCAACACCAAUCGGCAACCUACGUCUAGCCAUGAACAAAGCAGCCGUAAAACUAGGCUACAUCCCAGCCCCUUCAGGUUUCGCCUUCACCUGGAUUACAGACUUCCCACUCUUCUCCGCCUCAAGCGAAAGCGCCAGCGAACCAGGCCAAGGCGGCUCAGCAGGAAUCUCAGCAACCCACCACCCCUUCACCGCGCCAAAAACACCAGCAGAUGUCGAUCUCCUCCUCACCGAUCCCCUAGCCGUGAAAGCAGACCACUACGACCUAGUCGUAAACGGCGUAGAACUCGGUGGAGGAAGUCGACGGAUCCACAGCGCGGCCAUGCAGGAGUACGUGAUGCGAGAAGUCCUCAAAAUGAGUGAAGAACGGAUGAAAGAUUUCGCACAUCUGAUCCAAAUCCUUCGAGCAGGAUGUCCGCCUCAUGCGGGGUUGGCUUUGGGGUUUGAUAGAUUGGUUGCAGUCAUGCUUGGGAAAGAGUCGGUGAGAGAUGUUAUUGCGUUUCCGAAAAGUGGCAGGGGAGAAGAUAUGCUGGUCAAGAGCCCGACGCGCAUGACGGAAGAGCAACUUGAGACUUAUCAUCUGCAGUUGAAGAGUUGAUUGUAACGGUAUUACAACCUUUAUGCUCGUUUGCAGCACUGUACAGAUAGAUAUAUGACUCAAAGAACUUUCCCGCUCU